GCUGGGGCACCUCGCCAGCCGCCGCCUCCCGGCUGCGGACGCCUCCUAGCAGGUUGUUGUUUUUAUGAGAGGCGUCACUGGCACCCGAGGCGGUGACCGCCGCCACCGUGACAGCCGGCUGCGUCGGGUGGAGGUGGCGCUGCCGCGUCAGGGGUCUGAUGUAGAGAUGGUGAAUUCUGUCACAACCAGUGACAGCUGUGAGCUCACCCCAGAAUGUUCAUCUUUAGAACAAGAAGAGGAUGUUCAAGUACUGCAGAUAGAGCAGGAAGAAAGCAGCCAAAAUAGCACAUUGUUAAUGGAAGGAACUGCUUAUCCAACUUUGGAAGAAACCACGUCAGCAUUUGAGGCAGAAGAAGGGAGGUCACCUGAAGAUAAUGUCUAUUUUGGAACUGCCAGUGAUGAUUCUGAUAUUGUUACCCUUGAACCUCCUAAGUUAGAAGAAUUUGGAAAUCAAGAAGUUACAAUUGUUAAAGAAGCACAGAGUUCAGAAGAUUUUAACAUGGGCUCUUCCUCAAGCAGCCAGUAUACAUUCUGCCAACCGGAAACUGAAAGAUGGUGGGAGAAGCUGUGGAAGAUUCCUGAAUGCAUAAUGGGAUGGGAUGAUCAGCUGAAACACCAUGUUCCUAGCCAACUCACUUUCCAAGUAUUUUCAUCUCAGCCUAGUGAUGGUGAAUCAAGUAGUGAUGAAACCAGUAAUCAACCUAGUCCUGCCUUUAGACGACGCCGAGCUAGGAAGAAGACUAUUUCCACUUCAGAAUCUGAGGAACGAUUGCCUGCUGAACAGGAAAAUGAACCUUCUAAGGAGUUGAGUAAACGCCAGUUCAGUAGUGGUCUCAAUAAGUGUGUUGUACUUGCUUUGGUGAUUGCAGUCAGCAUGGGAUUUGGACAUUUCUAUGGCACAAUUCAGAUUCAGAAACACCAAGAGUUAGUCAGAAAGCUACACGAGGAUGAACUGAAUGAUAUGAAGGAUUAUCUUUCUCAAUGCCAAAAGAAACAAGGACCUUUUAUAGAUUCUAAGUCAUUGAAAGAAAACCUUGCAAGGUGUUGGACUCUUACUGAAUCAGAGAAGAUAUCCUUUGAUACUCAGAAAAAGAAUCUUGCUACAGAAAAUCAGUAUUUAAGAAUAUCUCUGGAGAAGGAAGAGAAAGCCAUAUCUGCAUUACAGGAAGAGUUAAUGAAGUUAAGAGAACAGAUUAGAAUAUUGGAAGACAAAGGAAGAAAGACUGAAUUAGUUACAGAAAAUCAGAAACUUAAGCAGCAUUUAGAAGAGGAAAAACAGAAAGUGCACAGCUUCCUUAGUCAAAGGGAGACUCUGUUGGCAGAAACUAAGAUGCUAAAGAGAGAACUGGAGAGAGAACGACUGAUAGCAAUGACUUUAAGGGUGGAACUUCAGCAGUUAAGCACGAGUCAGUCACAAGACAACUUAGAUUCUCCCAGUAUAUUGACUGAAAAAAAGGAAAUAGCAGUCUUACAGGAAAGACUCACUGAGCUGGAGCAGAAACUAAACUUUGAACAGCAGCGUUCUGAUUUGUGGGAAAGACUGUAUGUUGAGGCAAAAGAUCAGAAUGGAAAACAAGAAACUGAUGGAAAAAAGAAAGGUAGCAGAGGAAACCACAGGGCUAAGAAUAAGUCAAAAGAAACAUUUUUGGGAACGGUUAAGGAAACAUUUGAUGCCAUGAAGAAUUCUACCAAGGAGUUUGUGAGGCAUCAUAAAGAAAAAAUUAAGCAGGCUAAAGAAGCUGUGAAGGAAAAUCUGAAAAAGUUUUCAGAUUCAGUUAAAUCCACUUUCCGACAUUUCAAAGAUACCACCAAGAAUAUCUUUGAUGAAAAGGGCAACAAAAGAUUUAGUGCUCCAAGAGAAGAAACAGCUGAAAAACCAAGAACAGUUUUUCGUGACUGUUUACAUCCACAGAAUAAGGCACCUAUGCAAGACCAGAAUCGUGGAGGCCCUGCUCUGCAAAGGGAAGGAAGGAAAGAGAAGCCAACUCACUUUGAAGAAUUUAGAAAAAAUACAAAUUCACAGAAGUGCAGUGCUGAGCAUGAUGACUGUAAGGGAAGUUAUCUCAGAAAGGCUUGUUCUGGUAUAUUUGAAAAUGCUCAACAAGAAUCUGUUAAUCCUUUUAAGGUAAUGAUGAAUCCUGUAAAGAUUGAUGAAUUUAGACUGUUAAUUGAAAGAUACUUAUUAAAAGAAUUGGAUGCUUUUCAUCAUUGGAAAGAACUAGAUCAAUUCAUCAACAAGUUUUUCCUAAAUGGUGUCUUUAUCCAUGAUCAGAAGCUUUUCACGGACUUUGUUAAUGAUGUUAAGGAUUAUCUUAAAGACAUGAAGGAAUAUCAAGUAUAUAAUGAUGGAGUGUUUGAGAAGCUGGAUGAAUAUAUAUAUAGACACUUCUUUGGUCACACUUUUCCCCCUCCAUAUGGACCCAGUCGACCUGAUAGAAAGCAACGUAUGGUAAAUAUUGAAAACUCCAGGCAUCGAAAACAAGAGCAGAAGCACCUUCAUCCACAGCCUUAUAAAAGGGAAGGUAAAUGGCAUAAAUAUGGUCGCACUAAUGGAAGACACAUGGCAAAUCUUGAAAUAGAAUUGGGGCAAUUACCUUUUGAUCCUAAAUACUGAUUCAUGAUUAAGUUAAAUUAGAAAAUUCAGAGAGACAUGGAUGCUUUCUACAAUAUCUGGUGUUUAAACUAAGAUCAAAUUAUCAAGAUGACAGUGUCUGUCUUUCAUUUUUAAAAGUUCAGUUUGGUCGCUUUGUAUUUAUAUUAUUACACAGAAGCAUCAAUCAACAGCUUACUAACCUACAUAUUCCAGUAGUUUAGCUUUGUUGAACGUUUUUUCCUCUUUUUUUGCACUGGAAAAAAGUUUCAUUAAAGAAGCCAGGCACGCAACAGAUUUUGUGCAUGAAAUGAGACUUCCUUGCAGUGUAUGAGCUUAAAGCAAGCUCGUCUCAUAUGUGACAAAGUGUAAUUAACACUGAUUGUGUUAGAGUUUUGCAGUAGUAGAAAGUACAUUGUGAUGGGAUUUCAUCUCUAACAUUUUAUAAUCUUACACUUCUUGUCUUUUUGUGGGUUCAAGAGCCUGUUCACUUGUGAAGAAUUUGCUGCCCUCUUAAGAGCUUGCUGACUUGUUCUCUUGUGAAAUUUCGUGCACAUCUGAAUAUUAUGGAAGAAAUAAUAAAACUACACCAUGAGGAAAACUAAAGGUCUUUAUUUAAAAUCUAGCAUUACAUUAAUAUGUGAUUUCUUAUUCUGUGAUAUUUUAUACAAUUUCUCAGUAGUGAUAUUUGGUAAAGCAAUCCACAGUGGCUUUUUGCAAAUUCCAGGAGUUAAACUUGGUGUUGACUAAAGUGUCUAGCAGCACCUGAAUAUUUCUACCCAGAAAUGUCAGUUUCUCUGGAGAAGCUGUAAACACAAUUUAGAAUUUCAUCUUCUGUUGAUUUCCCCAUUUAAGUUUUCUUUCAUAGACAUAUAUGUGACUUCCAGUUCGACCCUCCGGCAAGUGAGUGUGGAAGAAAACAGCAGUUCUCUCAUAAUUUCUUGAAAUUAGGAAAGUACUUAUUUCCUAGAAGUAAAUAAAUGUUUAAGUAAAUAAAGGCUACAUUUUGUUGUAUUGUCAAUUCUAA